AUGACCCCCUUUCCAGCACUUCCUGGAUUCUAUCGGCUUCUCUUUCUGUAUUUUGAACCUGUUUCCACAAUAAGCCCAGCUCUUCUGAUAUGGCUAUGGCCUGGCGCAACUUGGUUUCAUCAUCAGCUAGUCCCCAGUCUUGAACCUUCGCCGCCCUCUAGUUCUUUGGAUGCUCAUACCGUUCUCGCCGUAUGGCAGCUUGGCAACUGUUACAUGCUCCUCGGCUUGAUUUCAUCUCUGGUUUUCCGGGCAGUACGAGACGCACUUCGUGGGAACCCCGUUGCACAAGAACGUAUUAUUGGCUCUGCCCUUACCGCUUUGGCGAUUGCGGAUAUCACUCAUGUUUUGGCAACAUUCAUUGGACUGCCUUCCGACUUGCAAUUCAACAUUGUGUCCUGGAACGGUACCACCCAUGGAAAUAUCACAUUCACGCUGUUUCUUUUCUCUGUCAGAAUUGCGUGGUUUCUAGGCAUUGGAAGACGUCGGUACUACUAUGGUCAGUCAAAUUUGAAUAAAACACAAUAAAUUCAAUACUACUAUGUACCAUACAUAUAUAUAAAUUACUCUUCUGCAAAGUAACUGUGCCACGACCCUCCAAAUCCUAUCGCGAGAGUGAA